AGUCAGAGGUUUCUAGAUGCAGUAACGUUGGUCUUCAGAUGUUUCUUUAGGAAGAAAAGUGGAACCAGAGGCUUUUUAAUGGAGACAUUAUCUACAUACCUUGUGGAGGAAACCAGUCAUGUGAGAAGUGAAGAGGAGGAGGAGGAGGAGGAAGAAGAAGAAGAUGAUAGUGAUGAGGAAAAAGAUGAUUCAUGUAUUGACGAAUCAGCUGUGCAGAAACAGCAGAGACCAGCCUGGGCUCCACAUUUCUUCUUCAUCCUGGAUAAAGAGGUUUAUAAUUACGUCGGCCAGCAGAUUGUCAUUGAAGAGGCUGUUGACUCCUAUGGGGGCAUGAUAUGGCCAGCGGCUCUGGCUCUCAGUCAGUAUCUUGAAAGUCACAGUGAACAGUUGAGUCUUGUGGAUAAGACCGUCCUGGAGCUCGGGGCCGGGGUUGGCCUUGUGUCUAUUGUGGCAGCGCUCCUAGGAGCCUGGGUGACCGCCACAGAUCUCAGUGAUGUUUUGAGCAACUUGAGAGUCAACUUGUCUAGGAACACCAGGGGGCGCUGCAGACAUACACCCCAGGUGGCAGUUCUGUCCUGGGGCUACAACCUGAAGGACACCUACCCUACGUCAGUGUAUCACUAUGACUACGUCCUGGCGAGUGAUGUGGUCUAUCAUCAUGACUUCCUGGAUGAGCUCCUGGCCACCAUGAAGCAUUUCUGUCAGCCAGGAACCACCCUGAUCUGGGCCAAUAAGGUCAGGAUGGAGUGUGACAUGAGGUUCACCAAGAACUUCUUAAAGGCAUUUCACACAAGCCUGUUGUUUGAUGAUGGAGACAUGAAGAUCUAUAUGGCAACGUGCAAAGAGGAAGAGGCAGUGGGUGACAUGGGACUGGACAUCCAGGACCCGCUGAGAAAGGAGGAAGAUGAGAAUGACAAAGAGAAGCUUGAGGAAGAAAAGCAAAGAGAGGUUGAGCGAAAAGAGGAAAACGAUGGAGACGGAGAUGGAGCUGGAGAUGGAGAUGAAGAUGAUAAGGAAUAUUGUCGAGAUAAACCUAUAACAAAUAAAGAUGUAGCAGAGGAAGCACAUUUAGAAAACAGUGAAGAACAAGAGGACAGUGAGGAAGAUGAAACUGGAGAUGAAGAUGAUAAAGAUGAUGAGAUGGAUAAACCAGACAGUGUUACUGAUGGAAACGUAAAUAGACAGGUGCAAAUACAACAGACAGCUGCUCAGCCGAACAAAGUGUCAGACUUGAAGUUUGGUACCUUUAGUGGCUUUGAUAAAGACAUCUACCAUUACGUUGGGCAGGACAUUGCCAUCCGUGAGUCCAUAGACUCCUUUGGGGCAGUGAUGUGGCCGGCAGCGCUGGCUCUGUGCUCCUUUCUGGACAACAACAGGGAGAGGGUGAACCUGAAGGACAAGAAGGUGUUGGAGCUGGGAGCAGGGACGGGACUGGUGUCUAUUGUGGCAAGUCUUCUGGGAGCUGCUGUUACAGCCACAGACCUACGAGACGUCCUGGGGAACCUCAGGGCUAAUGUGAUGAGGAACACCAGAGGGUGCUGCAGACACACACCCCAGGUGGAGGUCCUGUCCUGGAGCUACGACCUGAAGGACACCCACCCUACAUCAGUGUAUCGGUAUGACUAUGUGCUGGCAGCCGAUGUGGUCUAUCAUCAUGACUUCCUGGAUGAACUCCUGGUCACCAUGAAGCACUUCUGUCAGCCAGGAACCACUCUGAUCUGGGCCAAUAAGAUCAGGAUGGUGAAUGAUCAGACUUUUGUUGAGGACUUUAAAAAGGCUUUUCACACCAGUUUAUUGGUCAGUGAUGGAGACAUGAAGAUCUUUAUGGGGACAUGCAGAGAGGAAGAAGAAGAAGAAGAGGGAGAUGGUGAGGAUGAAGAGAAGGAAAAACAAAAUGAUGCUGGUCCAAAAGAGGAAAAUGAUGAAGACGGACAACAAUACUGUAGAGAUAAAGUUGUUGAACACAUUGAUGUGGUGGAGGAAGCAUGUGUAGAAGGGGGUGAAGGACAAGAGAAUGAGGAUGAUGAAGAUGAUGAAGAAGACGAGACAAAUAAACCAAACAGCAUUGGAUCAUGUUGUGAGACCACGACUGGUGAUGACAACAUCACAGGACAGGUGCAAAUACAACAGACAGCUGCUCAGCCGAACAAAGUGUCAAACUGGAAGCCUGGUACCAUUAGUGGCUUUGACAAAGACAUCUACCAUUACGUUGGGCAGGACAUUGUCAUCCGUGAGUCCAUAGACUCCUUUGGGGCAGUGAUGUGGCCGGCAGCGCUGGCUCUGUGCUCCUUUCUGGACAACAACACACAGAAUGUGAACCUGAAGGACAAGAAGGUGUUGGAGCUGGGAGCAGGGACGGGACUGGUGUCUAUUGUGGCAAGUCUUCUGGGAGCUUCUGUUACAUCUACAGACUUACCAGACGUCCUGGGGAACCUCAGGUUUAAUGUGAUAAAGAACACCAGUGGGCACUGCAGACACACACCCCAGGUGGAGGUCCUGUCCUGGGGCCACGACAUCAAGCACACCCACCCUACAUCAGUGUAUCGCUAUGACUACGUGCUGGCAGCUGAUGUGGUCUAUCAUCAUGACUUCCUGGAUGAACUCCUGGUCACCAUGAAGCACUUCUGUCAGCCAGGAACCACUCUGAUCUGGGCCAAUAAGAUCAGGAUGGUGAAUGAUGUGACUUUUGUUGAGGACUUUAAAAAGGCCUUUCACACCCGUUUAUUGGUCAGUGAUGGAGACAUGAAGAUCUUUAUGGGGACAUGCAAAGAGUGAGGGAUGGAAAAGGGGUGGAUGGUUUCUAAAAGGACUGAAGGGGGCUCGGCCUCAGCUCUUUUUAUUACUUCUUAUUGAGGAAAAAGUAGGAUAUUCUCAAAUGCAAUUUUCUGUCUUUUAAAAAGAACAUAUUUUAGAUAUUUUUGUGGAUCUGCUCACAUAAACAGGACCUGACCUUGUGAUCCUGGUUUGAUACUACAUUUAACAUCAAAUGUCUCUUACGUGAAGGUUUAAAACAUGUUACUCAGAAUCAGAUGAGGAUCCUCAAACAUCUGCAACUAUUCAUUUUACUCAUUUUCAUUUUUCUGCCAAUAUGAUUAACUUUUUUUAAGCUUAAUAUGAGUAAGGAUUUGGGGCUUUCUGUGUCACACAUAAUAGUAAAGCAAGUAUCAAAUACGAAAGUUUUCAUUUGUUUUCUUUUUCUAUGAUUUCUGUACUAUUUAAAUAAAUAAAAUUUUAUUUCUAAUGUUA